GCAAAUGUUUCAGAAGGCAUCCCAAAGGUCUAUCCAUUUAUCCGCAACCAAGAUCGUCCACACAAUGCUUUCACUACUGAGCGUGCACGAAAAGCUGGGCAUGCAGUGGGAAGAUAUUUGUCACAGUUCCUCUUGAUCAUUUUGGUCCAAUUACAGUGGAGAAUGACCCAGAAAGAAAGCUGGGAGUCUUGGUUGGGGAAACAUUUGAAGAUCGGAUGGAAUGCAGGCAAGCAAUGGGGUGCCACUUUCCUCAUGUUGCUGGAGUCUGUGGUCAGGCAGAUCAUGAUGCUCAGUCAGUUGCUAUGCUUGGAGGUUAUGAAGAUGACCAGGAUCAUGGGGACUGGUUCCUCUACACUAGAAG